CGACUGGAGGGUAGAGCACCUGCAGAAAAAAGUAGAGGAAUCAACAGCCUCGAAUGUUUGGGGAAGUAGAGACAAAAGAGAUCUUUAAUUUUUUGCCUUGACUUCUUCCCGAUGCCUUUAUCACCCCCUCCCUCCGCCCUGAGGAUCGCAGUCGCUUGGCGAGGUGAAGCCCCUGAGGUGGCGAUUCCAGCAAAAACCGAGGGACCUCCAAGAGGAGAGGGAACCUGGAACAGUGGAGUCUGGAGUGUCCCGAGAAGGCCCAGAUGGGGUCGGGGAGGUCUAGGGGGACAUGGAACUACAUCAAAUUUCCUUCCCUGAGUGGCGUGCCCCACCCCGUGCGAUGUCAGCACGCUCAGCUGAUAUAAGGACGAGAGCCUGAAGAGUAGAGGUCUCCACUCUGGAAUGCGGGGACUUCAGCUCUGACGCCAGGAGGCAGACGCGCUGCGGAGGACAGAAAUCGGCCGUUCCUGAGAGGUCCCAACAAGACGCUGUGCCACCACUUGUAGCUCGAGAUCCCAGCCUUUGGCUAGGAAAACAUUUCAACUAACAGUUGAGAAGAUGAAUUUCUUGGAAGGUCCAGAAUCGAGCUUUGCUGAAUGUAUCACAGAUGGAGGAAAAGCCACCCUUGGGGUUAGGCAAAGGGCGGGAAUGGACCCUGCGCAGCAGAUGAGACAGAAUGAGGCCAUCUCGCAAGCAGUGUGUGCUCUGCUGAAUUCUGGCGGGGGAGUGGUCAAGGUUGAGAUCGAGAAUGAAGACUACCAUUAUGAGAGUGAUGGAGAGGGCCUGGAUCUGCCGCCAUUGUUCAGAAAUCAUGUAGAUCAGAUGCUGCAGGGAAAACUCUUUUUACUAUUUGUGAAUUCAUGGAACGUGGCAGCCUCAGGUGUGCGGCUCGCCACCUUGUGUUCCAAUCUGUACCAUAGACGUGGAACAUCUACUGAGGUCAUGGAUUCUCUAGAAGCCCUACUAUUCCUCCGAAGAAAGGUUCGGGCUUGUGGGAAUGUCGAUGAUCCCAACUUAUUAAAUCCACAGGAACUUGCGGUUGAUGAUCAGAUGAUCUUAGCUUCUGAUUUAUUUGGUAAACAGCAGCUUCAGUACCUGGAAACACUCAGCUUUACAGAGUCCCCACACGUUGAAUUUCAAAUGUUCUCGGCAGACCUUUCCCAGGGCAUUAAAGAGAAACUCCCCAAGUGUGUUUCUGCACUUGCCAAUUCUGAAGGAGGAUAUGUGUUUCUCGGUGUGCAUGAUGAGACCCAUCAAGUCAUUGGAUGUGAAAAGGAAAAGGUAAAUCCUUCCACCUUGCGGGCCACUAUUGAUGGCUGCAUCAGGAAGAUGCCUGUCCACCACUUCUGCUCACAAGUCCACAAAGUGCAAUAUGACAUCAAUGUCCUUGAAGUGUAUGAUAAGGGGGCUCUCCAUGGGUACGUCUGUGCAAUCAAGGUGGGACAGUUCUGCUGUGCAGCGUUUGCCAAAGUGCCUGACUCCUGGGAGAUGAAGGACAAUCAGAAGAAGCAGCUAGCCACAAAGGACUGGGCAGCUUGGAUGAUAGAAACUGACUCAGAUCUCUCCAGUUUUCCUCAGAUGGUCGUCUCGAGGACUGUACACACCACACCCCGCAGCAAGACUGUGUACAUACAUAAGAACUUGAAGAGUGUGGAAGAAUUGCAGAAGGAUUACUUUCCAGUGUCACCCAACAGGAUUACAUAUACUCCAGAAUGGCUCUACAAGGACCUCAUCUCAGAGCACAGAGGACUCAGAAACUUAAUAAACACGGAAAUGCGCUCUGUCUCUCAAGGGAUACUGAUUUUCUCCCACAGCUGGGCUGUGGACCUGGGUCUUCAAAAGAAGCAGGGUGUCAUCUGUGAUGCUCUUCUGAUUUCCCCAAACAAUGUCCCAAUCCUGUACACCAUUUGCAACAAGUUGGAUCUGGCGUACAGGAGGUAUUCUAUGACAGUCUCCCGGACCCUGAAGCAGAAGCUGGUGAACAUGGGCGGAUACACUGGGAGACUAGGCAUCAUUCCCUUGGCCUUGCAGCUGGGCCAAACACAAAGGGCCAGCGUAGAAACACCCAUUUACCCUGAAUCCUAUAACUUCACAAGCGUGCAGCAGAUGGAAGCUCUGUUGCAAUCCCUUGUGAUCGUCUCGUUAGGGUUCAGAUCCUUCCUAAGUGAAGAGUUUCACUCGGAGGUGGUGACGCUACUCACAGACCAGCAGUACCAGCUACUUUUAAAGGAUCUUUGCAAGAACAGAGAGCUGUUUGUUCACGGCACACCUGGAUCGGGGAAGACCACUCUGGCCCUCAGGAUCAUGGAGAAGAUUAGGAAUGUGUUUAGAUGUCAAGCUGACGACAUUCUCUACAUCUGUGAGAACCAGUCUUUGAAGAGGUUUGUGAGCCGGAGAAACAUCUGCCAGGCAGUGACACGGACAGCCUUCAUGAGAGAUACCUUUGCUAACAUUAAACACAUUGUUGUGGAUGAAGCUCAGCAUUUCCGAACUGAAGAUGGGGACUGGUAUGCAAAGGCAAAAUCCAUCAUCCAGAGAGGGAGAGAUGGUCCAGGAGUUCUCUACGUUUUUCUGGAUUAUUUUCAGACCAACCACUUGUGUUGCAGUGGCCUCCCUGAACUCCAGCACCAGGAGCCAGUUUUGAAGCUCAGUAGGAUGCUCCGCAAUGGAGACAACAUAGUCAAUUACCUACAAGAGAUAAUGCAGCAAAUCAGAGACAGUCCUCCCCCAAAUGUCCCCCCAGAAGCCCUGAACAUGGGCCAAGAACUUGAAUUGACUCCAGGUGUCACAGGCAGUUUAGAGAUAACUGACUACUUGAAUUUGGAGCAGAUGGCAAUCUUUGUAGCAGAGAAGUGCUGGUGUCUCUGGGGGUCUGGCUAUUACCCCAGGGAUGUUGCUGUUCUUUGCAGCAAAGCCAAAGAUGUAGUAAAAUUUAAAGAAAAGAUUCUCCUAGCAUUGAGGAGGAGGACCAUGUCUCAGAUCAGUGUAGCAGUGCAGGUCAGGGAGGAGUUGGAUAAUCUGGGGAAUCACAUCGUGUUGGCUGGUGUUCACCAAUUUUCAGGCAUGGAAAGAAGCAUAGUGUUUGGGAUCAUUCCAGUGGGAUCGGAGACAGACAUUUUUCACAAUGUUCUGCUCUGCCUGGCUUCCAGGGCAAGAACCCAUCUGUACAUUAUAAAGGUUUUGCUUUGAUAAGAAGAUACCAGUCUUCAAUUAGACAGGGCUGGCCUCUGGAUGACUUGGAAACUCUUUGAUCUCAACAUUUACACAGCAAAACAUUUCCCGUACAGCCACCUGCCAAGUCAUGUACUCUCCUCGAUUACAAGUGCAAAGAAUUCAGAUAGUAGUAAGAUAGACCAGGGUAAUUAGCUGGCAUUGAGAUCUUUUUCUCUCUUAUAGUUGUGUGUGUUUGUGUGUGUGUGUGGGGGGGGAAGAUAUUGUGGUGCACACCUUGAAUCCCAGCACUUGGGAGGCUGAGGCAGGUGAAUCUCUGUGAGUUCAAGGCCAGCCUGGUCUACAGAGUGAGUUCCAGGAUAGCCAGGGCUACACAGGGAAACCCUGUCUUAAAAAACAGAUAACAACAACAAAAAGACAAAAGGGUCAAAAACCAAUAUGCUGGGGAAAUGCUGGCAGCAAAGGUCAUAAUUUAGUUUCUUUCCCCCUCUAAAGUUCCUAUACCUGGUAGUUUAAUCCCAACCCUCUGGAGGCAGAGGCAGGUGGAUCUCUGAGAGUUUGAGGCCAGCUUGGUUAAUAUAGCGAGUUUCAGGCCAGACAGGGUUGCUUAGUGAGACCUUGCUUCAAAAAUUUCUUUUCUAUACAUAACAGAAAAUUUCCAAGAUUAAAGGAAAGUAGGACAAAGAAUGCAAUAGGUGGAAGGGCACAGGAGUGUAAAUAGUUCCUAUACAUAGAGUGAUUGCUUAUGGGGGCAGCAGUGUGGCAUAACCAGCCCGAGUGAUGACGUGCCAUCUAGUGGGAAAUACUUCUGUGUACUGUACUUCCAGAAGGGUCUAGCAAUGACCCUGAGAAGCUUGAAUGCUUAUAAAUUUAGGUUGAGAUUCCUCUCUAAGGCACUUACUCUCACAGAGAACUUACACAUGUGCAAAGAUUUCUGGGUGGAAGGAUAGGGUUUUGCUUCUCGUAGCAGAAUGCAGAACAAUAGUAAUGUUGAUUCAGAUGGCUGGAAGGGAGUAAUUUGCAGACUGUCACAGCAUCCAUCACAUCAUGGAGCCAGAAAAGGUGAGAUCUUCAUCACAUUUGUGUGGGACCAUCUCUAAGAUGUUUUGUACUGUGAACAAAGCAUCAUUCAAAACCAUGUCUAUCCUAUGCUUCCAGAGUUGAGUCGUUGCUUGUAGACGCAUAAAGGAUUUUUGGAAAUGUAUCUUAAAAAUUGGUAGCAGUAUUUGACUCUGGGGAAGGGAAAUUGAUGCCAAAGGGAGUACCCAGCUUUUGCUUUUGAUGACUUUAGGUUCUGUACCAUGUAAUACUCGAUGGGAUCUUGCCUUGGGUGUGUUUUUGCUUAUGAAUAUAAUGGCUUUAUGAAUCACUUUCUCAGUUUUUAUCAACCUGUAUCCCGGAUAAGCAUUUCAUAGUGAAUGUUGAUGUAUAGUGAGUGGGGGAUUUGAAAACUACACAAAAUAGAUUUUUACCACAUAGAAUUUUGAAGUACUGACUCACUGUCAUAUUUGUUUCAAGCUUUAUUUUUUUAAAUAAAAGACAUAAACUAUUGCA